GUGGUCAUCUCCAUGAGUCUUCAUGACAGCCCUUGGAGGCAAAGACGCGAGUGUUACCCUUCAGAAGGUGACAUGGGUGCAGAACCCUGGUGUGGAGCAGGGAUGGCUGGAGGGAACCAGGCCUGGAACAGGGGGAAGGAACGAGGGGUGUCCAAGGACAGAGCUCAGCUCGACAGUCACAAGGCUGCAGCGCGACAAGCGUUUGGGGAAAGGUAGGAACUGGUCCCCGCCACCUGCCGGUCAGCAGUCCUUCCCACAGUCAGGCAGCGGCGGCCCUGGCCUGGUCCCAAAAUAUGUGAGCGCCGCCUCCUACUCCCGCCCCCUUCCCCCCCGCCGCGCCCGCGGAGUUGGGGGCUGCGGGGGCUGCGCUGCCGGCGCCGGGAGCCGGGCGAGCGGCCCAGCGCGGGAGGGGGGAGGGGGGCGGGGCGGAGCUUCGGCGCCUCCCGGAGCCUUAUUCCCAGCCGCGCUCCCGGGAGCCUUCAGUCGACUGAGGGACCUGCGGGCGGCCGGUGGCUCGCCUGACUGAGACACCAGGGGCUUGGG